CUUCUAUAUAUACACACGAGCGUCUAUCUUUUUGACACAUAGAUAACUACUCAUAAUAAUUAGAAGAAGCAAUGAGCCUCACGAAAGCUAUAAUGGAUCUUGAAGUAGACGACGAUGGCAGACUCAAGAGAACUGGCAAUGUGUGGACGGCUACAACACACAUAAUAACAGUGGUAAUUGGGGCAGGGGUGUUGGCUUUGGCAUGGGCCAUGGCCCAAUUAGGAUGGAUAGCUGGUAUAUUCAGUGUACUGCUCUUUGCAUCUAUAUCUCUUUUCACUUACAAUCUUGUAGCCGAUUGCUAUAGGUUUCCAGACCCAGUCAAUGGAAAACGAAAUUAUACUUACAUGCAAGCUGUCAAGGUCUACUUAGGUGGAAGGAUGCAUCUCAUUUGUGGAAUAAUUGUGUAUGCAAAACUGGCUGGAAUCACAGUGGGCUACACAAUAACUUCGUCGACAAGUUUGGCAGCAAUAGGGAAAUCUGCUUGCCUCCGUAGUAAAGGACAUCAAGCUGAUUGUAGGAGUUCUUAUAAUCCAUACAUGAUUGGUUUUGGGACAUUGCAGCUUUUCUUGUCUCAAAUUCCAAACUUUCACACAUUAACAUGGCUCUCAUCAGUUGCAGCUGUCACGUCAUUUGGUUAUGUAUUAAUUGCAAUUGGUCUUUGUUUAUCACUACUUAUUUCAGGAAAAGGUGCGCCAACAAGCAUAUUUGGAACAAAAGUAGGGCCAGAACUAUCUGCUGCAGAUAAAAUUUGGAGGACUUGCAGUUCAUUCGGAAACAUAGCACUUGCUUGCAAUUAUGCCACUGUGAUUUACGACAUAAUGGAUACAUUAAGGUCAACUCCAUCAGAAAGUAAACAAAUGAAAAGGGCUAACUUAACAGGGCUCUCAACAAUGACAAUGAUAUUCCUACUAUGUAGUUGCCUAGGCUAUGCCGCUUUUGGUGAUAAAACACCAGGAAAUAUUUUUUCUGGAUUUUAUGAACCCUACUGGUUGGUUGCAAUUGGAGAUAUAUGUAUAGUUAUCCACAUGGUUGGAGCAUAUCAGGUGAUGGCUCAACCAUUUUUUCGAAUAAUUGAAAUAGGUGCUAACAUCAUGUGGCCUGAUUCAAAUUUCAUAAACAAGGAUUAUCAAAUUAGCGUGUGCAAGACAACAAUCAAUAUGAACUUGUUUAGGCUAAUUUGGAGGACUAUUUUUGUGAUAAUUGCAACAGUUCUGGCCAUGGCAAUGCCAUUUUUCAAUGAAGUUCUUUCUCUCCUUGGAGCACUUGGAUUUGGGCCCUUAGUUGUUUUCUUUCCUAUACAAAUGCACAUUGCCCAAAAGAACAUAAAUGUACUAUCAUUGAAGUGGUGUGCUUUGCAACUUUUAAAUUGUUUGUGUUUAUUUGUCUCCCUUGUUGCUGUAGUAGCCUCAGUUCAUCAGAUUAGCCAAAAUCUACAUAAAUUCAAGAUUUUUGGUUAUAAAAAUUAGCAUAUUUGUAAAAUGUAAAUGAAUGAAGCUAAAUUAUAUUGUUUUUCAUUUAA